CCUAAGGUGUGUUUUAUAAGUAAACCGCACCUUAGGAGUGCGUUCCAUGCCACGUCAGCACGCGAACCGCACUAGGAAGGUGCGGUGUGCCUUCUCUACGGAACGGUCUUCAAGACCGUUGGAUGGAGGAGCGAUCGAACGGCGGACCGCGCGCCAGCAGAGAGAUCCGCGCCAUGGAUCGGGGACCGCAGCUGCAAGGCGCGGUCAGCGCCUCGUGACUCGCAAACUGCCUCGGCAAGCAGCGGUUUUGACUAGGGCAAAAUUACCCGACCGCCCCUGGGGGGUGCGGUUUGAUGGGUAUAAAUACCCCCUCCACAGUGUUUUGGGAGUGAAAGUACCAGUCAAGGGGAGCGUUGAUGCGACCGAUCGCUUGCCACCAAUGAGGAAACACCAAGUCUCAAUUACUUGGUUGACGAAGUAUUUUAGAGACCAUUACGAGAGUCAUCCCCUAACCGAGGAAAGUUCGGAGGAUGAGAAGGAAAGAUAUGCUCGUGUCUAUCUCAUAGGCAUGAUCGGAGGAGUGUUCUUCUCCAAAAAAUCAAGCAAUCUCCUUCGUUGUGGAUGGCUUAGGAUCAUCCUCGGUAGUUGGGAGGAGAUUGGGGAGUAUAGCUGGGCAUCCGCUUGCCUAGCUAAUAUCUACCACAAUUGUGCAAUGCGUCUCUAAAAGCUGUGAGGGAGGUCGGCGGCGCAAUGUUCAUCGUCCAAUUUUGGGUUUGGGAGCAUAUGUCAUGGAUUGCACCGGUGAAGCUCGUGGACUUCCUUGAGAUGUAUUUUGAGUUGACUUUUAAUUAUAUGUACUUGGAACUAUUCCCCUUAUCUUAGUUUAUUUAAUUGAGUGUUGUUUCAAUUUGGUUUUUAUUUCUAUGUACUUGGAACUAUUCCUAUUAUCUUAGUUUAUUUAAUUGAGUAUUGUUUCAAUUUCGUUUUUAUUUCUGUACUUGGAACUAUUCCUAUUAUCUUGAUAUUAUCCCAAUUCGUUCAAUCAACAAUACACAAUUACUUGCAAAGUAAGAGUCUCAACUAGCUUGAAGAAUGAUUGACCAGAACCACAACUUGGGGGUGCGGUUUGUGUGGCAAAAUCGCACCUUGGGGAUGCGUUUUUGUUUUGGAGAAACAAACCGCAUCUCCAAGGUGCGGUUUUGCUAGGGCAGGCCUAAACCGCACCUCGGUCGCGCGUUUUCUGUAGGGCAGACCUGAAACCGCACCUUAGAGGUGCGGUCCAUAAAAAAGGGUGCUAUUAGUGUAAAUUUUUUCGGCUGGGUGCUAUUUUUGUAAUUUUUCUUUUAAAAAGUGUUAUUUCUGGAAAAAUCCCUUCAGUUCUAAAGCUAUCUGCCUUUGAUCGCUAUAAAGAAAAGCGACGCUCACAGAUCAUUGAGUUGGCAAGCGAGGUAACAACUGAUUGGUUAACGGCUCAGCAAUCCGCAUUCAUCACUACGGCGGAAGGUGAUUUGCCUAAAAAUGUGAGACUGAUAGUUGAGGUGGCAUGUGGGAAAGAGUUGAUCAAUUUGACCUGAAGCGAUUCAUGUGUAUCGCUAGAGAACUCAACGAUCAGUGCUCCUCCCGGCCGCAACUAUAAAACCCUCGCAAUCUUAUUCGUUCACAUCCCACAACACUUUCUUCCUCUCUUUCAUCACUCAAGAAAUUAUGAGUAUGCAAUGUGAGUAUGUGACUGAGGGUAGCGGUGUUCAUGGAUUGGGUGAUUUUGAUUUAGUCGUUUUAAUCACUUAACCCAUACACUACGACUUUGAAAGUACUAAAUCCAAAUCCACCAAAAAAUAGAACUAUAUCGUUUGUUUAUGAUUGGACGGCCCAUGUGUGUUAUAUUUGUAACAUCUUCAACCUUUUCUUGACGAAGAUAUUGUCUGCUUUGGGCCCCGACGAUAUUUUUAAGCAAAAAUCCAACAUAAAAAGUAUAUAACUAAUGAAAAUUCCAAGCAAAUAAACCAAAGCGAAAACACCGAAUUGCAUAGAAAUUGUUGCUUGGAUCUUGAUUACAAUUUGCUUCGACCUAUGUAUAGUAUUUUCCAUAAAUAUUUAUCAAAAUAAAUUAAAGACUUUAUUAAUUAUAAGCUAACGCAUCCAUACUAUGUUAUUCUACUAAAAUUGUAUAAAAACCAAUGUGAACCAACCUAUGUUAAAUAUACGUCUAAAUCUUUUAAUUGAAAAAUGUAUUAAGUUAGUUAAACAAUGAGAGUAAAUAUGACAAAAUAUCAAAAUUUUCUCACAAUAUGCUUGUAUACGACUUAUAUACGUUUCAGAUACAAACACAUAAAACAACAGUUAUAACAUGGAUUGGGUCGGGUAUCGACGGGUUGCAUAACCCAAAACCCACACCACCCAAAUGAGGUAGUUUCCACAAAAGAAAAUCAUCACUUAACAUUAAACCUAAGUUUUAGCAAUAAAUACAGUUGGGGUGAGUCAGAUGGGUCGGGUUUCAGUUAUUGUUUUUUCACCCUAAUUGCAGCUAAGCCCCAACUUCUUCACCAUAUAAAAAAUUUCCUAACAUUUGAGAAUCAUUUAUAUUUUCCUUGGUUACAAAUGAAAAAAUAUUAACUCCAUUUAUAUUUAAUGCUAGAUGGAGGUCGAUAUUUAUUAUCCUAAUUCGUACAUCAAUAAAAUCUAGGGAUGUGAUGUAUUUGAUUAGGGCUGGCUAUUUGGUCCAGACUGUUUGGUUUUACCCAAAACCGGACCGUAUAACCCGGACUGGGACCGGAUAGCAAACAAUCCAAUCUCAUAUUCGGGCUUAGAUUUUAAGUAAAAAAACUCGGAUAAGAGACCGGAUAAGAGACCCCCAACACCUAAAAUCAAGAUCAAAUUGGGACCGGACCGGGUCAAGACCGGACUGUAUCCAAUCCAAUCUUUGGUACUUAUAUUCCCGAAAAGACCGGACUAGACCGGAUCAAUUUGGUCCAAUUUAACCGGACUGGACCGUAUAGCCACCCCUAUAUUUGAUCGAGCAAUUGACGCAUCGAUCCAUGCGAUUUGAAACAACAACUUGAUAGGCACGUCUAGAUUGAUUUUUUGAAAAUUACAUUUCGAUGCUGAAAUUUAAUUUUCUUAAAAUUUAGCAAUUGAACUUUAUUUUUACAAACAUGUCUAUAAAUUUUUGUGGUAAAAUUAUAUCUUAGUACCUUUAUUUUUAACUUGCAUUAUAGUACCAAAACUUUUAAGACUUUACAAACAGUUCCAUUGUGUUGGUAUAAGGAAUUUCAUAUCACUAAUUAUUGCCAUGAGUCACAGGUCAAAAAGUUACCCGCCUCUAAGUUGACCUUACCUACCCAACGCUAAACUGACCAUGUCCGACCCUGAGGGUCGAGGAGGGCGGGGUGGGCCGACGAGUCUUUAGGGUCAAGCUUACACCCCUAGCCGAUGCACAUAGACAUUCCAAUGCUCACCAUCAUGCUACUGUGAAGCAGCUUGGAAUGGGCAUGUCCUUGAUCGAUCCUCCCUAUGUUGCGACACCUUCCCCAGAUCCCUAUGAACUUUCAUGAACCAGAUGUUUCUUUCGGUAAUGAGUAGUUCCACUUGGCAUUACAGGGGCCACUUCCUAUCAUUUUCUUAUCUUUCUUUCUAUUUUACUUAACUUUAACUAUGUUCUUAAUUAUCCUUUUAAGUACUUAGACUGAAAUAUUUAGUAUUUGUAAAUGAUUCGUUGUGUGUGGUAGACUAGUUCUUUUAUAUUUUUUGUUUCGAUAACCCACAUCCCUCUGCCUUGAUCUCCCACAUUGAGGAUCAUGUGUCUCUUAAGUGUAGGGAGGAUAUACCCUGCAUGUUUUUAAACGUUCAUGAAUGAUGUUUUUACUCGAUUGAUUGAUUCUCUAUGAUGAUCAAUGCAUGUGUUUAUGAUUAUGUUUGAGAAUGCAAUUGAUUGAAUGGUUAUGUGAAUGGUGGUUGAUUGGUGUGAUAGAAACUUGCUAGAAACCUAAGAUAUUACUCCAAAAGAAAUUCAAAAUUUUAGGGUUUCAAGUAAGCCCCAAUGUCAUACUAUGUGAUUUCAUGCUUUGAAUUAUUAAAUCUAGCUCCUCCUUGUCUAUCAAUGUUAAGGAGCAAAAUGCGUGAGAUGUUUCGAAACGAAGUGUUUUUGUUUGAUUUCUUGUAGUAUCUUGCUUUGAAAGUUUUACUAGUGAAUGUGUGUGGUUUGUUUGAACGUGAAGCUUGAAUUUUAGUUAUAGGUGGUUGCUUGACGGGUGGUUCUGUUCAUUUCCACAACCAAAUUUUGAAUGAAGUGGCGUUGCUUUUCAAAGGGUUAGGUGUGAGGCACCGAUCACACUUUUUCAAUGAAAAUUUUCAGUACUAGCUCAUAAAAUAUGAAUACUCCCAAUCAAUCGCAUGAAAUUAGAGGGUGAUGUACAUGGAGAUCCUACUUAGAUUUUGUUCGAAUCCGUUCAAAGGUGGUCAUCUUCAUGUAGUGGCAGAGGUCUAAGUAGAGGAGAGAAAGAAAAAAUGCAUAGGACUCCUACUUGCCCAGUCAGAAACACAAAACAUCUUCGUUACUACAAACCCAAAGAAAUCUCAAGAACAUAAUAAAAGUUUAUGUGGAAGGUGUAAAAUAAAACAAUUAGAGCAUUCGUCUUUCUUACCAACAAUCGAGAAUCUUGGUUUGAAACACAUUUAGGGGAGAGGUGUAAGGACUUCGAGUUGCACAUUUUAAUCACAUGUUUGCUUGGGGACAAGCAAACGCUUAAGUAUGGGUGGAUUGGUAACACUCAAAUAGGUUUUCUUUACCUCCCUAUAGCUUGGUGUUGUCAUGUCCAUUUGUGAACCAAAAUGUGUAAAUUUGUAUUAUAGCCGAUAAUUGCUUCCUAGCAUAUGCAUGGUUGAUGUUAAGUGAAGAUGUGUGUGUUUAUCGUAUAUGGUGAAGAUCAAGGCUCAAGUGUCGGGAAAUCGGGGCAAACAAAGAUUGUGCGUAUAAUAGAGCAAAUUUUAUGGCUAGGGAUAUCCGGCCACGAACUCAAGAUUGCAUAACAUCGCAGAAGAUUAGGUCGGGAUCUUUAUUCACUCGGUUGUGAAUUUCAAGAGGCUACCACGAGGAAGAACAAAAGGUCUCGUGUUAUGACUCGUAGGCCUUCAGCCCCGAUAACAUGACAAAGAGUCAAAGAACAUGGUCACGACUUCCAGAUCACGACCGAGAUCUCCACCUUGUGAACCCCCUUCGCGAACAGGGUAAAGCGACGCCACAUCGAGAUCGUGUGACAAAUUUCGAUUUUAAGACCGUGAACUUUUCUCGAAAAUGGUUGUGAACGUCUCCAAAUUUCUAAUCUCAAUAAAUAGAAGGAUACCCCAAAGGGUUUAAGAGAGCUUAAUUUAAGACAUGUUUUGGAGAGAUUAGAGAGAAUUUAGGGGUUUCCCUUGAAGAAGAGAAGAUUUUGGAGAAGAAGGAUUCCAACAACAAGGGCACUUCUUUUUAUGAUUUUCCUUCCCUUUUUAUGUGUUUUUCUUCCCCUUCACGGGAUAGUAAUGUAAGGUAUUUGGGGCCAAGCCCCCAAACGCUAACUAGGUAUUUUAUGUGUAAUGAAUGGCAUGCUUUAAUGUAUGGGGUAUUUGAGUUCAAUUAGCAUUCUAAUGCUUUAUUACAUGAUUUGUGUGCAUAUGAAUAUUGUUUGCAUGUUGUAUGUCAUGUGAUGAUGAUUUUAGGGCUUGACCUAGGUUGAGGUGAACAUCUCCUGAGGUUGAGUAGGGACUUAACUAAUCAUUGAUUCACUUGAGAAUGUGUGCUUAUGGGUUAAACUCAUUUAAAGUGGGUAGGAAUUAUCAUGGAUUCACUCUCAUGCCUCCAUUGUCGUAGAAAUUUAUGUUAUCCAUUGCAUGUCAUUACUCGUAUGCUAGGGUGAUGGGGCUGAACCCUGAGUAUCAUCUUUCUCUUUGUGCAUCUCGUUUAGUUUAAUAUGUUUAAUUAGUUUAGUUCCAAACAAAAACUCCUAAAGAAUCGACUAGAUAAUAAUAGAGCUCUCGAGUAUGCUAGGCCACUAAGGCCCCUGGAAUACGACUUUAAUCGCCCACUAUACUACUGCGCAAAAUUAGGUUAUAGUUGGCCUAAUUGGAGUGGUAAAGUAGAAGUAGGAUUGGUAAUCAAUUAGCCAGAUAACCGUUUAAUCGAAUAUCAAACGGGUAACAGGCGAUGUCGGUAUGCGAUAGCAAAAAAAUAGCACUUGGUAUACCAAAGUGUAGCCGGUUAUUAACCGGCAAUUAACCGGUAUACUAGAUUACCGUCGCUCACCCUUAAAUCACAGCAAAUGGAAAGCCCUCCCCACUCUCCUUUCACCUGCGAGUGAACCCUUCUCUCCCUAUGUAACUCUUCUUCCCCAACUAAGCAACUCUUCUUCCCCAAUCCAUGUCUUGCCUCUCCCAAUCCACAACCACCAUCCACGUUACCUCCAUUCCUCUGAGUUUCUUCUCUCUUCUCUUCUCACCGUUUUUCCUCUCCUCUCUCAUCUCUCCCAUAGAUCUACACCUAAUCACCCACAACCACGAAACAAUUAGCUUCAUCGUUGGCCAGCAACAGCAUAUCGUUUCUCUCACCGUCUCCUUCGACAGCUUGCAUGUCGCAAAGAGGUGUGUCUUCGUUGCUGUCGAUAGGGAGUGUUCAAACGGAUUGGUUACCGUGGUAACCAUAUUAACCGGUAGCAUUCGGUUAAUUUAGUUUGGUUAAUUUGGAUAAUUGGCUUGGUUUGGUUAAACAAUUUAGCUUAUUUGGUUUAGGUGGUUUGGUUUGGUUUCAACACGGCUAACCAAUGAAACAAUUGACCAAUUAAUGAUACACCUAAUAUACAAAAUUAUUUAUACUUCCAUGCAACCAACCAAACCAAACCUUCGUGAUUCUCUAUUUUAUUUCCAUGUGCACAACAAACCAAAGCAUUAUGGGUCAAAAAUUAAAUGGGUCUGCCUAUUUACUAAACCAAAACAUUUUGGAAAACUACUAGACUUUAGGAUGACAUACAAUACCAUGACAGACACCUCAAACUAUGUAUAGUUUAAGUGUUUUGUAGGAGAGCUGUAACUUCCUGAUGAGUGGUAUUGUUAUGUAUUUAAUAUUUAUGUUAUGGGUUUGUUGUAAGCUAACUAUAUUAGGUGUAGAAAUGAUGAAUGAUGUAUUAAUUCGAAUGAUUAUGAUAAUCAUGGAUGGUUAGUCUUAUUAUUAUUGCUUAUAUAAUGAUAGUUUAUGAUAGUAAUAACAUAUGGUUAUGGUUUGUUCGUUAACAGGAUAAUUAUUUUCAUGUAAUGUUAUGUUAUUUGGUUAAUCUGAUUAUCCGAUUAACCAAACCAAUUAAAUUUUGGUUUGGUUAAUUUGGUUUUCGUGUUAAUUUGGACGGUUUGGUUAAGACAUUUUAUUCCAUGGUUAAUGAAAUUUAGGCUUAAUUGGUUUGGUUAUUACCACGGUAACCAUUUGAACACCCCUAGCAGUCGAAGCCCUACCGGCCACCGCCGAGUCACAACCCAUUCGGAUCAUAACGAACUUGAACCGCCUUCGCGUAUUCUUUGUGGGCAGAUUUUGGUUGCGGGGAUGAUUUUGGCCCUCCGACUAGGCUUGUCAAUGGGUAGGCCUAUUGGGUUUUUUGACCCAAAUACCUUGACCCAUAUGGGUAUUGGGUUUGGACCCAAAUUUCUUUUUACUUUUUUUUGGGUUGGGUUGGGUUUAGAUUGGGUCCAGAAUGGACCUGUAUAUUUGGGCCGACCCAAAUGAGUCCAUUUGGGUAUAAGUUAAAACAGAAACCGUGAUGGCCUUUCCCUGUCGAAAUUUCAACCGUGAUGGCCAAAAAAUUAAUGAAUCGCAUUGCCUCUGAUUUAGGGGAAGAACAUAUUCUUUUGUAUAGUUAAGGGGGGUUCUGGGUUUUUGCUGUUCCUUUUUCCCUUGGUAAAAAUUUUGUAGUCUUGAAACGCUUAAUGUUAGCUUGAUUGGUCCUCGUAUUGAAUGAAACAAGCAAAUAUUUUUAAACCACUUUUAUUAUUCGUUUCCCUUGAACUUGAAGAUAUAUUGGUCAAACCUAUUUCAUUCUGAACUUCAAUUUAGUAUAUGCUUGGCAACUCCAGCAAAGUAGCAGUUGCAUCACGAGGAAGUAGCAAAACUGGGAUUAGAAGCAGCAGAAUGUGUUUUUCCUGGAAAACUCUCUUUCUGACUUUCUAGUUCCCAUUAGUAAAUUCCUAAACUUAAAAGCAGAAAAGAAGUAAAGUUUAUCAGGCAGAAGCAGUAACCAAACAUUGAGUGAGUGAGUGAGCAAGGGAGGGUGUUCUUCCUUCACUGCUAAUCUGCAUCCAAAAGCUGUACUUUCCAUCAUACUUUUACCUUGGGAUUGGAGUAGCCCAGCAAGAAACCCUUGGCUGGAAGGAACACCUGAAUCAGGAUCCGACUAUUUGUAUAUGUUUUUAAGACAGCUAAGUCUGACAAAUCCACUGGAAGGCAGAAAUUUCGAGCACAAAUAAAAACAUGUUAACUACCAGCUAUCACAGCUAAGUAAGAAUAUGUCAUGAAACACACACAUACACAGAGAGCUAAUUAACACCCUGUUUCUACAUUACAAGCACUGACACAGAACCAAUAUACUAAAAAAAAACCCAAAACCAAACCCAGAACCGAGAAAACAGAGAGGGGGCAAGAUCUAGAAGAGAAGAAGAUGGGGCAAACCUGGAGAUCGAGACCAGCACGAGAAGGAGAAGCUGGCUGCGUCGGGGUCCGAUGGUGGGGAAAAGGAGAAGCUGGCUGCGUCGGGGGCUCUGGGCCGAUGGUCGCUGAUCGAGAUUUGGGAUUGCAGGCCGGCGGGCGGCGGCGUCUUCGGGGCUGAUGGUCACUGAUUGCAGGCGGUGUCUUCGAGAUUUGGGAUUGCAGGCGGGCGGCGGCGGCGUCGGGGACUCGGGAUACGAUGGUGGAGAAGGAGAAGCAAAGCAAUCGCUCUCGGUUAAGCGUAUUAGGUCGAAGAGAACCGUUUGGGUUCUGUAGAGAUUUGUUUUUUUUUUAUUAAUUUUCUGGGCCUAUCUUGGACCCAAUUUAAUUGGAUGGGUAUGGGUCUACUCCAAAACAGAAAAACCCAAAACCUGAUUUGACCCAAAUUCUAUUGGGUUUGCAUAAAACUCAUACCCUAAGACCCAUUUGACAUGCCUACCUCCGGCAGCUGGUGGCGAGGACAAUUCUGGUGGGGUAUCUUCGAUUUUCGAUUGACAACCGUUGGAGAGGUGUAGAGAGGAAAGAGAUGGCGGCACUCCAAAAGGAGAAAGACGUCGGAUGGCAAGGACUCGGGCCUCCGCCGUUGGACACGAUUGCCUUCUCUAUCUCCCCUCCGAAACAACUUUGCCCCUCUCCAUCCUUGAUUGUUCGAUAACCAAUUUUUUACAGAUAGCCGGCUAGUUGGUAAAUUGGUAUACCGGAUAUCAACCAGUAUCAGUAUACAGAAGGGUUCUUGGUGUAUUUCAGAAUACCAUUAAUCAAAUAUCUGGUUAACA